AAGAUGGCUGAGCAGAGACUCACGAUGAGAACUCAGUUUCCUGCAUCUGCUGAAUCUCUAAAACCCCAGCUGAAAACAGAGUUUCCUAUUUUGGAGAAGCAGAACUGGUUGAUACAUCUCCACUAUAUCCGGAAGGAUUAUGAAGCAUGCAAGGAUGUUAUCAAAGAACAGCUUCAGGAGACCCAGGGGUUACGUGAAUAUGCUAUCUAUGUCCAAGCAUUUAUAUUUCGCCUGGAAGGAAAUAUCCAGGAAUCCCUAGAACUCUUUCAGACAUGUGCUGUUCUCAGCCCUCAGUCUGCUGAUAACCUCAAGCAGGUGGCCAGAUCUUUAUUUCUUUGGGGAAAACAUAAAGCUGCCACUGAAGUAUAUAAUGAAGCAGCUAAACUUAACCAGAAAGAUUGGGAGAUCUGUCAUAACCUAGGAGUUUGCUACAUUUACCUGAAACAGUUGGACAAGGCACAAGACCAGUUGCACAAUGCCCUACAUCUUAACAGGCAUGACCUGACUUACAUAAUGCUGGGCAAGAUCCACUUGCUGGAGGGAGACUUGGACAAGGCCAUCGAAAUCUACAAGAAAGCAGUGGAGUUCUCACCAGAAAAUACAGAACUUCUCACAACUUUAGGAUUACUCUACCUCCAGCUCGGCAUUUACCAGAAGGCAUUUGAACAUCUUGGAAAUGCACUGACUUACGACCCCACCAACUACAAGGUCAUCUUGGCAGCAGGCAGCAUGAUGCAGACCCAUGGGGACUUUGAUGUUGCCCUCACCAAAUACAGAGUUGUAGCCUGUGCUGUUCCAGAAAGUCCUCCACUCUGGAAUAACAUUGGAAUGUGUUUCUUUGGCAAGAAGAAAUACGUGGCAGCUAUCAGCUGCCUGAAACGAGCCAACUACUUGGCACCCUUCGAUUGGAAGAUUCUGUAUAAUUUGGGCCUUGUCCACUUGACUAUGCAGCAGUAUGCAUCAGCCUUCCAUUUUCUCAGUGCAGCCAUCAACUUCCAGCCAAAGAUGGGGGAGCUCUACAUGCUCUUGGCUGUGGCUCUUUCCAAUCUGGAAGAAGAGAAAGCCAGGAGAGCCUACGCAGAAGCAGUCCGCCUGGAUAAGUGUAACCCUUUGGUAAACCUGAACUAUGCUGUGCUGCUGUACAACCAGGGAGAGGAGAGGGGCGCCCUGGCCCAGUACCAGGAGAUGGAGAAGAAAGUCAACCUACUCAAGGACAGUAGCUCUCUGGAAUUUGACCCAGAGAUGGUGGAGAUGGCCCAGAAGUUGGGAGCUGCUCUCCAGGUCGGGGAGGCACUGGUCUGGACUAAACCAGUUAAAGAUCCCAAAUCAAAGCAGUGGACCACUUCAACCAGUAAAGCCGCCAGUUUCCAGCAGCCUCUGGGUUCUAAUCAAGCUCUAGGACAGGCAAUGUCUUCAGCAGCUGCACAUAGGAAGCUCCCCUCAGGUGCCGGAGGAACAUCCCAGCUCACAAAGCCACCAUCUCUUCCUCUGGAGCCAGAGUCCACUGUGGAAGAACAACCAACUGAAGCAUCAGCACAAAUAACAGAAAAAUAUGUGUAGGAUGAACCCAGAGUUGGGGUUUCUUUGGCGAGGAUGUUCCAGAUUAGGAAAGGUCCCAUGACACAGGCAGCAUGGAGGC